AAUAACAAAGAUAAGGCCUGGUCACUCAAAUAACCUUUAGACCCAGUCUCUCCUCAUUCUAAAACAACAACAUGACAAAAUGGCGGCCCCCUUGAAACUAUUUACACUAGCAACAAGCGUUUUACUAAAUUCAAUUACUGUUGCAGGAACUUUAAAUCCCGAAUAUCGCGGCAAAACAUUGGUCGAGUUUUCAUGCUCCCAGCUUUCUUCCCGAAUUUGGAAUUCAGCUGAGAAAAAACCUAUAUGCAUUCUCUACAGAAACACCGUAAUCGGAGCUACAAAGCUAGAGAAGUUUCUCCUUAAGUUCAUACAGAAUUUGCCGCGUGAGAGCUCAAUCAAUGACUGGAGUUUUGGAUACUUGGACUCGACCUGUGACUCCCGGUCCCACUCCCACCACUUUGGGAUGGUAUCAUCUUUGCAAUGCCACAUAGGUGCAUCCAAGCCUGUGAUCUAUUCACCACAGCCUGCCCAACAGCCCUCUGUGAGGUCAAUCAGGAGGUGGAUAGGGCAUGUGGAAGAAGAGUUCCUGGAAAGAAUACCGCCCAUUCAGACAAGGGAGCUGUUUGAAUUCUUUGCUCAGAGAGAUGGUAUCUCUGUGGUUGGUAUUCCUGGCUUAUUAUAUCACCAGACCCUGGAAUAUACUCUGAAAGAGGUGGCAAGUAAAUGGGGUUCUUCUGUUAAGAUUUGGAUGAUUUUACCAUGGAUGGAAAAUGAAAAGGACGUUGUGGACACAUUUGGGCUGAGAGAGUUUCCUGCAGUUUUGUUAUUUGAUCACAAAGUUUGGAGAGAAAGCAGAAGCCCUGUGUGCAAACUUGAAGGACCGCUUCAUACUAGAGCCACUCACAUCCAACUGGAGCUGACUGUUAGACAUAGCAAGGCUAUAAUUUUGAAUAGGGAAAAUUUUGAGAAUGAAGUUCUUGAGACGGAUGUUCCUCAGACACCUAUAGCUGUGACAUUCUAUUCAGCUCGAGACCCUGGUUCUCUGGACUACCUUUAUGUUCUUGAGAUGACGACCAAGAAGUUCACUACUAUUGACUCAUCCUUCAGAUUUGGGUUGUUGAACCUUGUUAACAAUAGUCAAGUGAUCGAGAAGCAUGUGGAUGCAUCCCUUGUAAAGUCUAUUCCUUUUACCAUUGUAUUCUGGCAGGAAAGUAGUCCAAUGGACUACAGUGUAAAGCAAAUGCUAUUGGAUAGAGCCAUGCCAGUGGCUCAGGACUUGUAUAAUUUCCUGAUAAAUAACAGCAUUCCACUGUCUACCACUUUAGACAAACCCUGGAUCGAUGAGAAGGAUUUUUGUGAGCCACACCUUGCUACACAGUGUAGGGCAGAUGAUAACACUACACUGCUCUCCCUCGAAGGCAAAACAUUGUCUUAUGGACCCUCCCCUCCCCCGCUCACAUGGAAUGUAAAGUUACAUGUGAAGCAGAAAAGAAGGCCGCGCCCACACACCAUCCCAUACCUUACUGAUACCACAUGGGCUGCUGUCAUAGAGCACUCUGUUCAACCACAGAAACCAGCAUAUACAGCAUCCACACACCAGGCACCAACAUUCUCUGUGACUCUGGUCGUCUUUAUAAGAGAGGGCUGUGGAUAUUGUGACAAAAUAAUCACUCCGCUUGAGGAAAUGUCCAAGUCACUCAAGAUGGUCGGGGCGUCAAUGUAUCUCAUGAACUGCACAACUCAGCCAAUUAGCUGCAACAAGCAGGGCAUCACAGGGUACCCAACAAUAACAGCCUACCGGAGCUUGAGUUGGGAAGCAUCUGAACGCUGCUUCCCACCAAAUCACACUUCUCACUAUAUACGUAUGGAUUACCAUGGCCCUGUUAUGCCGAAUCAUAUCUUAGGAUGGCUAACAGGAAUCAAACAUCCAGCCGUCAACAAGACCUUUUUCCACGAUGAGAUGCCAACAGAUAUUAAGUCAGAUGACGUUCGUCUUGUAGCUACUGUGUACACACGUUCCCUGGCGCGCCGCUACCUGCCCUCUAUGCUCUAUAACCGGUGGUACCCGUAUGAAUGCUACAACCUUCUGUGUGAACUUCUGUAUGGCGCCGUGCCGUGCUAUGCUCUAUACACUAGGGACGUCGUGGAUUAUCUUAGCACGUCUAAAACGGACGAGAAAGAGCUGAUUGUUUCAAAGCUGGUGAUGGAGCGUAUUGACGGUGUCCGUGCCAGGCUGUUUGAACUCGGCUAUACUCUGGAGUCUACCAUGAACGACGGCAGUGACACCCGUCUGCACCAGUUCCACCACGCCCACAGGUAUAGGAUACCUGCUGGCUUCAAGUGCGAGGACAGUCAUGCAACUUGUAACGACAUCGUGCUCCAGUUCGUUAUAGAUCACAAGAGGCUGCCAAUUACACACAUUACUGCCACUACUCUCCAUACAAGAACCGGCGGAUCCUCUGAUCAAAACGAUCACAUCUUCAACCAAGAGCUGCCUGUCUUACUGGCCCUGGCCCAUAGAACCAACAUCACUCGGGAGGCCACUUUCUUUAAGGAAUUGACGCAAGCGGCGUAUUCCUUGUAUCGUGAUCUGGUUGUGGUCACACUUGACGUAGACGAGUUCUCAUUCUGGGCGCACAACUUUGUACCUAAAGGUUACCACGCCCAACACGCCUUUGGGGACUCGUCUGUUCCACCGCCCCUAUACCGUUAUCCUCGACUGUGUAUCGUACGCUGGGAUGACCACCAGCAUGCUGCAUUCUACCCACCGGCAUCUGAACUAGAAAGACUGGGAACUAGGGUCCAGGCCAGGCUCGACAGCAUAGACUACCAGCAAAUCGUGCAUUUUGCACAGCGGUACCUCAAAGAACCCGGGAAGUACGUGGUCAGGACAGAGAUGUUCUAGAGGAUGAUAGACGAGAGAGGAGGCUGGGGCUAUUCCAGCACUAGACGAGGCAUAGACUCGCGUUAUACCCUCGGGAUACGGGUGAGACCCGCACAGACUCGCAUUAUACGCUCGGGAUACGGGUCAGACUCACAUAGACUCACAGCAGACCCUCGGGAUACUAGUCAGACCCGCACAGACCCACAGCCGACCCUCGGGAUACGGGUCAAACCCGCACAGACUCAUAGCCGACCCCCGGGAUACGGGUGAGACCCGCAUAGUCUCGCAGCAGGUCCUAGGAUACUGGUCAGAAGAAAUUUGAGUAGACCAGCGCAAAACCACACUCAACAUUCGCUGUCCUUUUACAAUGAGCUGUCACUUUAAUCGUUUACAAGACAUACCGAUAGCUCAAAGGGCAAGAUGCUUAAUAACGUGGUGCACGUGAUACUCGCUCAUCAGAAGCUGUUCAGGUAGAGAUGGUGUUUAUAUUAAAAUUAUUAGUACACGA